UUCACAACCACCACUGGGCAGGCACACUGGCGGGCGCCCUACUGAAGGAGGGUGGGGCCUGGGACCGGAAGCCGGAAGUGGGGCUGUGAGGACGUGUUCCGAGGAAGCCGCAGGCCGGCUCGGCCGGCGUCAUGGAGCCGCUGUACCAACAAACGCACAAGCAAGUCCACGAGAUCCAGUCUCACAUGGGACGCCUGGAGACGGCAGACAAGCAGUCUGUGCACUUAGUAGAAAAUGAAAUCCAAGCAAGCAUAGACCAGAUAUUCAGCCAUCUGGAGCGUCUGGAGAUUUUGUCGAGCAAGGAGCCCCCUAAUAAAAGGCAGAAUGCCAAACUCCGUGUUGACCAGCUAAAGUAUGACAUCCAGCACCUGCAGACUGCCCUCAGGAACUUUCAGCACCGUCGCUAUGCCAAGGAGCAGCAGGAGCGACAGCGAGAAGAGCUCCUGUCUCGCGCCUUCACCACUAACGACUCUGACACCACCAUACCCAUGGAUGAAUCACUGCAGUUUAACUCCUCCCUCCAGAACAUUCACCACGGCAUGGAUGACCUCAUUGGAGGCGGGCACAGUAUUCUGGAGGGACUGAGGGCCCAGAGACUUACCUUGAAGGGGACUCAGAAAAAGAUCCUUGACAUUGCCAACAUGCUUGGCUUGUCCAACACAGUGAUGAGGCUAAUUGAGAAGCGGGCCUUCCAGGACAAGUACUUCAUGAUCGGUGGGAUGCUGCUCACCUGCGCAGUCAUGUUCCUUGUGGUCCAGUACCUGACAUGAGCCAGCUGUACCCAGCACUGACAGCCUUCCCACUGCAUGUGCAAGCAAGAAGUGGGCUGGGAGGCCACCUUUUGAAAUGUAUGCCUUAACUGUGAAGACACCCUUCCCCCAGGACUAAUUGUGGCUUGGUAUCAAACCUGCUUUGUUUUCUGUGACAUCUGGGGAGUGGGAGCUAGAGUCACCAAGAUGUGUGGUGCUUAGGAAGUGGGGCAAGACCCUGUUCCCUGGCAGGGUCUGGGGAGGGAUGGGUGGGGUUUAUAGUUUGUCCUCACAGCUGACGCUUGCCCUGGAAAGCCUGCACGCAGGACUGUCUACACUGUUCACUCCUUGUCAUCUCCCAGCCUUUGUGGCUCCUGAUGGGUGGGCUGGAGCACAAGUGAGAAGAUGAGGAAAGAGGUCUUUCCUUGUGCCUUGUGGGAUAGACCAGUGCUCACAUCCCUGCUUCCAGCCGCUACCCAGCCCCAGCCUCUAAGAAAACAUGACAUGUAGGCGACUAACUGUAAACCCCAGCACCCUUCCCUGAAAGCAGCUGCUCCAGGGAAGCAGAGACAGCAGUGCUGCUGCUGAUAACGUAGAAGUGUUUCCAUGCCUCAUUUGCCGGGUGUUUGUCCUUCCUGAAGUGAGGCCAGCAGUGUUCCCAGGGAGUGUCCAGUCUGGACACUGAAGUCUGAGUCACCAGUGUUUUUCCAGUUGUAUAGCAGUCGGCUCUUACAGCUCAGAGACAUCUU